GGAGAUAAGUUUAACGCUUAUUAAAUUACAUUGCUGCUAAAAAUUUAAAGACGAAUACGAUAUUUGUUGCAACCCCAAGCAGUUGCUUACGACAAACUAUAAGUUAGCAUGUUUUUUUAUUUGACAUUUGUGUAUUGAACUAACUUAUAUGUUUACUGUGGCAGUUAAUCCGGUUAAUUGAAAAUGAAUACAGCAGAAGAAGCAUGUUGUGUUGUCACAGUAUCCGAACAGCCCUUCACACCUGGAUCAGAGGAUAAAGCCUCGAGCUGCAGUGGAGUUUUUCUACAUUUCCAGUCGGGGAUUGUUGUCUGCAGUGGCAUUGUGUUUUCACGCUUUAUAAACGACACACAGCCCAUAAAGAAAGACACAAAGAUAUUGUACCCUGAAAGUUUCAAAAAGAAAACAAAAGUGUAUAUAGAUUACACUCACUUUUGCGCAAACCAGACGUGUGAGACGGACAGACGCAAAACGAGCCGUCAAGAAGCUCAUCUGGUAAUGUUGAUCAACUGUCUGGAGUUUCAAGAUGCGUUUCACAAAAUCUUCAAGGGGCCAGGAAACUGGGACUUUUACAGUGGUGGUUUAGAUACAGAAGUACUAGAAGACUCGAGGUUUUUAACUUGGUUUGCACUUUUAAAGUUGCCAACUUCACCCAAAUGCCCAUUUAAAGAGACUAUUCCAUGGAUGAGGAGUGGCACUCUCAAAAAAGGAUGCCAUGUCAUCGCAUGCGGGUCUCCGUUUGGUGGUCUCUGUCCUGACCUCUUCAUGAACACCAUUAGCAAAGGUAUAGUUAGUAAUCUGGCAGGAGAUGAGAAUGCAUUGAUCCUGACUGAUGCCCGCUGCUUGCCUGGCACUGAAGGAGGCGGUGUGUUUAUAAACAAAGGUGGCAGGUCUUACCUUGUGGGUUUGAUCGCUUCACCGUUGUGCUGGAAGUCUGAGGAAUGGAUUGGACUGACUCUCGUGUGUUCUGUUCAUCUUAUUUUGAAAAAUAUGCUUCAGGCUGGAGGCUUCAUCAAGGAGACACUGACUAGUGUGUCCUCACAGUUGGUCAAAGGCUCUCUGCAACCACCAUUAACUGCAAACCGAGAGUCAGGGUUGGAGGUUUACCCAGGAGUUGUGCUUGUCGAGACUGGUUGGCUGUGGGGUUCUGGCGUGCUGCUGAACCAGAAUCUCGUUCUGACAUGCAGGCACGUGGUGGAUGAGAAGUCUGAGCUUACUGUAAAAGUUAACCGCGGAGGAAGAUUUCACACAGUACGUGGUAAGGUGUUGUAUUCAUCAGUGGUAUCAUCUCCAUAUGAUAUUGCCAUAGUGGAGCUUCAGGAGGCCCUGGCAGAUAAAAGAAGACCACAGUUUACCAAACACUUUCACACAGGUGAGGAUGUAGUUGUUGUGGGUUAUGGAGCUUUAGGGAGCCGCUGCGGCCCAUCACUGACCUCAGGGAUCUUAUCCAGAGUCAUUACCCAUCAGUCUCAGCCUGUGAUGCUGCAGACCACGUGUGCAGUGCAGUCAGGAGCCAGCGGAGGCGCUGUGAUUCGUUCUGACACUGGGGAAUUACUAGGUAUUGUGUCCAGCAACACUCGAGACUACGCAGCAAAAGUGACGUAUCCGCACCUGAACUUCAGCAUCCCGGUGACCCUUCUAGAGCCUCUGCUGAGACGCUUUGCUCAAACUGGAGACGCUGCUGUGUUUAAUGUCUUAGACAGUGCAGAGGAGGAUGUCAGGAAGGUAUGGAGACUACAAAACAUUCAGAGCAAGCUUUAGUCAGUCUCCAAAAUAUACUACUAAUAAAAUAAAUAUACAGAUGGUAUAAACUGUGAUGCUUAUAGAAAAAAUGAAUUGAAAAGCGAUAUAAGUAUAUUUAAACAAUAACGUUAUGCGUUUAAGUUUGAUUUAAGCUUUAAGAAAAUCAGACUUCAAUUCCUUUUACUGCCUAAACUGAUUUUUUUUUUGUUUAGAGACAUGCAAGUGAUCAUAAUGACUGGUCAGUGUAGGUUAAAAAAUGCUGUUGACAUUCUUCAGCCACACACAGUUGAAUGUAUUAUUUCAUAUAAUGAUUUAGGAUAAAAAUGUUUAUAAAUUCUUAAACAGUUUAACUAAAUAAAAAUAUGUUUGUUCAAAA